CCUCGCCAUUGCUUUGCGCUCUCCGGCCCCCCGCUCCUCCCUGUUCUGCACUCGCCGUCAGAUUUCGCAAGAACCCUCGUUCCCUGCGGCCUCUUGUUGGUUUGGUCGGCCGAUACGUUUGAUCUGUAGAGCAAGACGACGAGCCUGGAGAGAGGAAGAAGUGCACCGGCGAUUGUAGAACCAGCACCGGCGGAGGAGUUGAAGACGCCGAUUCGAGCCCGGCGAAGUGCUCGGGACGUGGCCUCGUCGAGCCCGGCGAAGGCCGCGUCGGCAUUGAACAUGAUGAGAUACCCGAGGCCUAGCUCAGAUGGCCUCCCGCUGCCCAAUGGCAUCGGGAGCGGCGGCGGCGGCGCGAGCAAGAAGCCUGCAACGCCGCCGCCCAGAUCGAGCAAGGAUGACGUGGCGCCGGCCGUCGCCACCGACAGCUCCCGACUCGCGGCGUUCCUGGCCUCGACGUCGCUCGAGUCCAAGGCGCGCGCCCGCGCGCCGCCGGCGCAGCCCGCGCCUACCUCGGCGGCCACCGCUGCCGUCGCCGCGACCAAGAGCCCUGUUCGCGACCACGACCACGGCCAUGGCCACAGCCACGGCGCCUCCUCCGACCACUCCGACCCCGCCUCCCCGAGCUCCACCGGAACCGGCGAAUUGCUGCUCCAGUGGGGACAGAACAAGCGCAUGCGCUGCCGCCGAGACUCCGCGUCCCCGUCGCCGCAGCACCGGCAGGCCGGCGGCAAGAUCCAGCGGCGCUCGUCGUCCCCGGCGGUGGACAAGCUGAUGCCGCCCCCGAGCGCGGCGCCCUACACCCGCGGGUCCAACCUCCGCUCCGUCUCGUCUCUCCCUCCGCGCUCCGGCUCCGGCUCCGGCUCCGGAUCCUCUGCCGGCGCCCUCCCCCACCCGCUCAGAUCAGCGGAGGACCGUGCGGCGGGGAAGUUCUCGGCGGCGAGGGCCGAGAAGCAGCGUGCGGUGUCCCCGGGCUCCGUGAUGGGCAUGGGCGUCCCGGUCCCGGACCCGAGGCGGCAGCAGCAGCAGCAGCAUGCCGGCGCGGCGGCAGCGGCGACGUCGAAGCCGGCGUCGAAGGUGGAGAUGCCGCGGAUCUACACCACGCUGUCUCGGAAGGAGAAGGAGGAGGACUUCAUGGCCAUGAAGGGCACCAAGCUGCCGCAGCGCCCCAAGCGGCGGCCCAAGAUCGUCGAGAAGACCGUCAGUGCGAUCUGCCCCGGGAUGUGGCUGACGGAUGUGACCAGGGGCCGGUACGAGGUGCGCGAGAAGAAGUGCCCCAAGAAGCAACAGAAGAAUCGAGGCCUCAAGGGGAUGGAGGGCAUGGACAGCGACUCCGACUGACCACCGACGCCAGCCUGAGUUGCCUGCCCGAGGCGCGGUGGCGGCGGAAGAGGAAGAAGGGUCGGCGACAGUGACGGGAGACGAGGAGCGCGCGCUCUUGUACAUGGUCGCACUGGGUUGAAGGAAGCCAUAAAAAACGAAGGUGG